GCUAAAAAAUGGAGAUGAAUGUUAGGAAAAUGGUUUCACGACCUGUAGGAGAAUCACGUAAACCUUCAUUUCGUCGCGUGAGAGAAUGUGAUCCUUUUAUCCGUUCACGGUCCUGGUUUUGUCUGCGGAACAUUAAAAGAGUAUCGGGUUCGCAAAGAUAAUUUUUGACUGUCGUUUUAUCAUUGAUUUUGUCGCCAACCUGUAGUCUAAAAAUUGUUUGUUCUUUGCAACAAACCUUUCAUCUCUCCAUUUUGUUAGACUUAAUCGCACUCAUUUUAAUCUCUUGUAUACUCUCUAUUGCAAUUCCGUAGCAUUGCAUUUCUUUUGUCGAAAAUAUUUAGAAUCAAAUUAUGUCAUACGUGUAAUUUUGUCAAUGUACUACAUUGUUCUGUUAAUUGUCCUAUUCGGCUUGUUAUCGCUCGAUUUUCUCAACAACUAGUCAAGAUUGUUAUGUAAACGCUUAAUGGCGCCGUGUUUGAUGUCUGGCUAUGCCGACAAGUUUCGUUGCGGCCAGGUCGACUAUGAAUAUAGCAUUGUUUUCCGCUCUGCCCGUCACCACAUGACUCUUGGGUUCCAAAGAAGCUUCAAAAUUCUACUCAAUGAAGAAACUAGGAAUAGUGCUGGGCAUUAGUGGUUGAAAUUGUGUGUCUUGGCGUACGUGACACGCGAUAGAGAAGGUCGUACAAAAGCGUGAUCCAGUGGGUGUAGGGUACACUUAGUUGGUGUUGAUGAUGAAGGCGGCUGGAUCUAUCGGAAACAUGGCUUCUUUUCCAUCGACCAUUUGUUACCUGUGGGUGCUAUCUAUGCUGUGUUCGUGUCUCUGGUUUGAAUUUGGCGCGGCCUAUUCUGCUGGAGCUCCGGUUACUUCGUGUUCUACCAUGAAACCCGAUCAUGGAUCACCAUCAAACAACCCCAGUCCUUUCGAAAGUCUUACUAGCCAGACGGAAAUCUGUUCUAACGAGAGCGUGAUACUCACCAUCCAAUCCUCAACGUCCAAGACUUUUAAAGGAUUCUUAAUUAUGGGUUUUGAUGCUGCCACGGAUUCUGUUAUUGGAACAUUUAAUGUUGAUUUGAGCCAGGGUCAGAGCCAAACUCUUAAAUGUUUUGACACAUAUGAUACUGCUGCUACGCACCGGUCGUCAACUGGAAAGAAAUUGGUUACAGUCGAGUGGAUUCCACCAGUGGAUUUUGAAGGUGUCGUCAUAUUCAAAACUACAUUUGCCGAAUCAAAGUCUACGUAUUGGGACAAACAGAUUUCUCCGGAAGUCAAGGUUACCCGCUUGGAUACGGCAGUUUCCUCAACAAUUGAUCCACUCAUAACUACGGAGAAACCCGCGGCACCAAAUGUUUACGAAGGAUGCGGAAUUUCCAAAGGAUGUAUUGCUACGCCAAGCGGAUGCAUCAACUUGAAGACUUGCUCGAUGAUGACAACCUACCAGAAACUAAACGACGACUAUCUUCAGCUGGAGAUUUACGGCCAGAUAACAGGAGAUGAAUAUGUGGCUGUUGGAUUCUCAACAGAUCGCAAAAUGGGGGACGAUAGUGUGGUAGAAUGUGUCAACAACAGAAAUACUUUGAAGGCCUAUCCAUCGUUUAAUACUCCGGAUAAGAGUAAUGCGAGGAUUGAACCGCAACAAUUGCCAGGAUUUAAUUUGACUUCGUCGGCCUUUAUCGAUGGCUUCAUUCACUGCAAAUUUCAGUAUCCAAUCCGUUAUGCAAUAAAUGGCAUUGAUUUUGAUUUAAGUAAACCUCAUUACCUGCUGAUGGCGAGUGGUCCAACCGGCGACUACAACAUUCAAGAACAUUCCACAGAAGAAAGUAGCAGUUCAUCGCUAACAAUUACAACUGCCUUGAACAUUCAGUAUUUCACUGAAGCUUCAAGAGUGUUGAAGCAGUUACAUGGGUCCUUCAUGGUUAUUGCCUGGCUUAUGGCCGCCUCCGUAGGAAUGUUAAUGCCACGCUACAUGAAAAAGACUUGGGUCGGCAAAAAGUUUAUGAAAAAGGAUCUCUGGUUUGUGUGCCACCAAGGAUUGAUGGUGCUGGCCUGGACUCUGACGGUGAUCGGCUUCAUCAUCAUUUUCGUCGACGUUGAUGGCUGGGUGUCCGAGUCCGUCUCCGAGAAUCCCCAUCCGCUUAUCGGAUGCAUCACCACUGUUUUGGCCUUCAUCCAACCGUUCAUGGCCUUAAUGAGACCCAUGCCCAACGCUCCGAAUCGAUACAUUUUCAACUGGGCCCAUAUGCUCGUCGGAUACUCUGCCCAUAUCUUAGCUAUUACCUGCAUCUUUCUGGCCGUCGAAAUGGAAGAGGCGGAAUUACCUUAUGAAACUUACUGGAUCUUGACGGCCCACAUUUGCUGCUACGUGGGCGCGCAUCUCCUUUUGACCUAUCUAGCGAACAGAAAUAACAGGAAUCCUGGUGCUGUUUCAAAGGAAGGCUCUCCUAAAGACGACAAGGGCUCGUCGUUAAGGAAAGGAAUUCUAGCAGGAUAUGUUUGCGUUGUCGUCGGUUUAGGAAUUGCCGUCAUUGCCUUUAUCGCUGGGGCGUAACAACCACGUUAUAUGUUAAGUUUUUGAAUGUUAAUUAUCGCACAAAUGCUCACAAAUUGAUUGCUUAUUCCGUUACAGUUUUUUUUAA